CCUGCCACUGGCCCUGGCCAUGCCAUUGCCUGAGCCUGAGCCACUGCCCCUCCCGUUGGAGGUAGUACGUGGCCUACUGCCCCCACUGCGCAUUCCCGAGCUCCUGUCCCUGCGUCCUCGGCCCCGGCCCCCUCGGCCUGAGCCACCCCCUGGCCUCAUGGCUCUUGAGGUCCCAGAGCCCCUGGGUGAAGACAAGAAGAAGGGGAAGCCAGAAAAAUUGAAACGCUGCAUUCGCACUGCAGCUGGGAGCAGCUGGGAGGACCCCAGCCUGCUGGAAUGGGAUGCUGAUGACUUCCGGAUCUUCUGUGGGGAUCUGGGCAAUGAAGUGAACGAUGACAUCCUGGCACGCGCCUUCAGCCGCUUCCCAUCCUUCCUUAAGGCUAAGGUGAUCCGAGACAAGCGCACAGGCAAGACCAAGGGCUACGGUUUUGUCAGCUUCAAGGACCCCAGCGAUUAUGUGCGCGCCAUGCGUGAGAUGAAUGGGAAGUAUGUGGGCUCCCGCCCCAUCAAGCUCCGCAAGAGCAUGUGGAAGGACCGGAAUCUGGACGUGGUCCGCAAGAAGCAGAAGGAAAAGAAGAAGCUGGGCCUGAGAUAGGGUCUGUGGCUGGGCACCCGCUCCUAUCCGGCCGGGCGCUGGCUCCUCCCCCAGCUGUCUUUGCAAAACCCCCACCUAUCCACUCACCUGCCUCAAAACCAGUUUCAAUAAAUUUAUGUUCAUUUCCAAAAAAAAAAAAAAAAAAAAAAAAA